CCGGGCCGGGCUGGACCGGACACUGCUCCGCUCCCGGCCGGAGGGCAUGGCGGAGCGGCGGGGACAGCAGCGGAUGGCUGGCGAGUGAUGUGUUGUGCAAGUGCCUCGAGUUUCCCCUCCAAGAUGUGUUCCCCAAAUCCAGCAAACUGGGUCACCUUUGAUGAYGAGCCUCUCUUCCAGUCGCCUCAGAAGCUGGUUGACAAUCAGAGCAGUUGCAAAGCAAAUGGCCUCAAACUCAACCUGUCUGGGGUUCAUGAGCCUUGCAGCCGGCCAUCCUCCACAGGCAGCACUCCGCUCUCAUCCCCCGUGGUGGAUUUCUACCUGAGUCCUGGGCCCCCCAGCAACUCUCCACUUACCACACCGACCAGAGACUUCCCAGGAAACCUGUGCUUUCCAAAGCCUGGGGUUCACAUGCUCUACCCCAUCCCUGAGUGGUCAUCAAAUGUAAACCCUCCCGCAUCACAGACACCCAGCAGCCUUCCCCCAAAGCCCUCAUCCCAUGAUCCAGCCUCRCUCUCCAGAGCAGCAGAUGGAGGAAGCCCUAACCCAGCAGGGAGCUGUGAGGAGCAGGCUCCAGGACACUUCCCCUAUUUCCACAGUGACUGUGCUUUUUCCAGUCCCUUUUGGAAGGAGGGGUGCUCCCUCAGCUCAUCGCCUGCUAACGUGAGCGUGCACAGGAAGGACAGCGUGCUCGACAGGAGCCAUCCUAAAGACAGAGAAACUUGUCACGAUCAGAAAAGCCUUAACCAGGGCUCCUUCAGCUACAUCUGUGAGAGGCUGGAGCACCUGCAAGCCGACAGCUGUGAGGCCGUGGARAACCCAGCCAUGUCCAGCACCAACGCAUGGCACAAGCUCUCCCCCACCAUCCCACGCAGCCUCUUCAGGAGCCGGMAAUCAGAGGGGUGGCCCUUUAUGCUGAGGAUUCCCGAAAAGAAGAACAUGAUGUCAUCUCGGCAGUGGGGCCCCAUUUACCUGAGCAUCCUGCCCGGAGGGGUGCUGCAGAUGUUUUACGAAAAGGGCCUGGAGAAACCUUUCAAGGAGCUGCAGCUGCAGCCGCAGUGCAAGCUGUCCGAACCCAAACUGGAGAGCUACAACGUCUCAGGAAAGAUCCACACGGUGAAGAUUGAGUGCGUGUCCUACACGGAGAAGAGGAGGUACCACCCCAAGGUGGAAGUGACCCACGAGCCSGAGGUGGAGCAGAUGCUGAAGCUGGGCACCACGGAUUACAACGACUUCACCGAUUUCCUSGUGACGGUCGAGGAGGAGCUGAUGAAACUUCCCGCUGUUCCCAGGCAAAAGAGGAAUUAUGAAGAGCAGGAGAUGACUCUGGAAAUCGUGGAUAACUUUUGGGGGAAGGUCACCAAGGCAGAGGGGAAGCUCGUGGAAAGCGCGGUGAUCACGCACAUUUACUGCCUGUGCUUUGUGAAUGGAGGUGCCGAGUGCUUCCUCACCCUGAACGACCUGGAGCUGCACAGGAGGGAUGAGCGGUACUGCCAGGAGGAGCAGGAGAAGCCAUGGAUUGAUAUCCUGGAGUGCCACUUCCACAGCUGUGUCAGGGCUCAGGAGUUCCAGCAGUCGCGGGUUAUCAAGUUUACACCCCCGGAUGCCUGCAGGCUGGAGCUGAUGCGCUUCAGGACACGCUACGGGGGGCAGGAGCUUCCCUUCUCUGUCAAGGCUGCAGUGGUGGUUCAGGGGGCCUACAUCGAACUUCAGGCUUUCAUAAACAUGUCUGCAACUGCUCCCUCUGGKAAAUACUGUGAAAAUGUCAUGAUACGCUUUCCCGUUCCCACWCAGUGGAUCAAAGCACUUUGGACCAUGAACCUCCAAAGGCAGAAGUCCCUAAAAGCCAAAAUGAAUAGGAGAGCGUGCCUUGGGGCUUUGCAYGAGGUUGAGUCUGAUCCCGUAAUCCAAGUCUCGGUUGGAACAGCGAAAUAYGAGAGUGCCUACAGGGCUGUGGUGUGGAAGAUUGACAGGCUUCCAGAUAAAAAUUCAAGUUUGGAUCAUCCCCACAGCCUGUCCUACAAACUGGAACUGGGCUCRGACCAGGAGAUUCCAUCUGACUGGUAUCCAUUUGCUACUGUCCAGUUUGUAGUUCAUGAUACCUGCGCUUCAGGAACAGAAGUGAAAUCCCUGGGCAUAGAGAGCGAUCUCCAGCCCCAGAAACACGUGCUGCAGAAAGCUUUUUACAAUUGCCAGGUUGAAAUUGAAAAAAAGUGGAUUAGGCUUGAUGGAGAAGACCCAGAUAAGGCUGGCAACUGCCURAUGCAAUGAAAGAGGACAGGAGGCACUGUCACAGGAUAUUAGUAGGAAUCAAUUUACAUAGGAAAUUCUAUUGUUAGAAGAAGCGCAGUGACCUAGUUUAGGGUAAACAUGGUCAUUGAAUUUUUUUUUAGUGUUUAUGGGUUUGAGUCGGUAAAUCAGUGCUCAUUUGACUGUGUUCAGCUAAAUUUCCUGUCAUGGGAGUCCUGGUGUGAGUCAGGGCUGCAGGAUGUGAGCACUUCAUGGAUCCCAAGGUGUUAUUUCCCUGUUGUGGGUCWGUCACUUAUGAAUGAUCUCCUACUCCAAAUUGAAACCAAGUGGCACUACUCAAAGGGUUCACAUCACUUGGAUAUAAAAUAUCUGUAAUAAAGGCUUCCAGUGCUUGUGUGCAGACCAGCACUUGGGUAAGGUCCAGCAGGACCAAUUACAGUUUUUAGUGCUUUAGUUUGAAAACUAGAGUCCCUCAUGUUUCUGCUCCCCUUCAUGUAUGUGAAAGUCCAAAUAAUAUUCUCAACAAGAGCCUUAAUGAGCUGGAAACUGGGUGAUUUCAUUGGCAAAAAGAGUCCUCUGCAAUAAUAUCCUUUAUUUUUCUGUGGCUGCAGCAGUUUCCUUCUCACCACUUUAUAGGUUCACUCAAAGUAAUCUCUUGGGCAAAAAAACUCCACAUGGCAGAUGUGAUUGAAGUUUCUGUGCCCAGCAUUUGACAGUUCUUUUUCACUACUGUAGCAAGAUAAGGGGGUGGAUUCUCAGCGAGUGUAAAUCAGUACGGGCYCAUUUCAUCUCAGGAGGCUUUCAGAAUUUACACCAGAGGAGGUUUUCCCCCACCAGCUGGAGGAAAGACUGGUUGCUGCUGUUUSCUCUGUGUCUCCUUUAGGAUUCAAGUUCCAGGUGUUGGUAUGGAAAUUGCAGGAGCUGAGGCUUUGAGUAACCAGACAUGCAUGGGAAGGGAGAUGUUUUCAUGCUACUGGCUCUAAAGGCAUUUUCCAUGGGGAAAUAAUGSAGGAAUGGACUGUCACUAGAGACAUGAAGCUGUGAUGCUUCAUCAGGCAGCCUGAGCUACUAAUCACUAAUGUCAAUGUGUUAACUCUGUUUUCAACAAACAAUUGGCCUUUAGGGAAAGGCUYUAAUACUUCCCUUCAGCCGUUAUCCUCUUUGUCAUUUUCUGCAGGCUGUAAUUCCAGGUCUGAAAAAAUAAUAUAAACUUUAAAAAUGCUCAUGGAACCUCCUUUUUUGUUUAUUAUUUUUGGCUGCAGUUUUCCUAAAAUUAUUCUUACUUCAAACUAAAAUUAGUGGAGAAGAAAAAUAUAGUAAUGCACUGCCUCACUUUAUAUUUUCUACAGCUUGUAACUGUUUAUAUGAACACUGUGUAAAAAUACAGAUAAAUGGUGUUCCCCAAAAGUAGAAAUAUGUGGGAUAUACACUGAGAAAAUUACCAGUCUGAGGAAACAGAGGACCAUAAUAUGAACGUAGUUCAUCAUCAUAAACUUUCCCCCCUAUUUGGAAGCUGAGAAUGAAAUGGGUAAUAGAUUCUACAGUAAGUCCUGAGGGCAGGUUUUUUAUGGGUAUUGCAUUGCCAAAGCCCCUGAUAGGCUAUUAUAGUAUUUGGGCUUCUCUAUAUAUUCCUUUUUAUUAGCAGAUUAUAUUGUUAUAAAUCUAAGCAAGUGCUGGGCUAUAGUAGUGAUCCAAAUAUGUCUCAGCUGUUGCAUCCUCUGUCUGUGUUUUGACUUGAGAAGCCAUUAGCACCUUCAAAUCAUGUUUGGUGUGUUUUAUUAAUAUUUAAUUUUGGUUUAUUUUCUGCUCAGCUGAGCUAAGGGGCACAGUGUGCACCAGGGCAGUGUUUACACUUGGCAACAUGGAAAGCUCUGCAGUUUGCUGAARUCCAUGGUUGUACUACAGCUGUGGUAUUUAUUAACCUCUUUGCUCAGUGAGGURGAGGAAGCACAAUAUGUGUUGCAAAUACCUGCAGUUUCCUUUGUCUGAGGCUGUUUGAUUUGCAUUAAUAUAGCUAAUUCAACGAGCCUAUUCACUGUGCUUGCUCUCCAAAGCCUGUCUCACCCAGCUGGCCCCCAUUCUUCUGUUUUUAAGAAGGAGGAACCUGAAUAGCUCCAUUCCAUCUCUCUUUCACCUUAGGAUCUCCAUUCCCACACUCAGCUCCUGGAAUGGGUACCUGGUGGUGUUACAGAAACAGUGGCUGUGUUUCUCCUCUCAGGUGUCUGCUGUGCCUCAGGAUGUGUUUAAGGAGCCUGUGCAGUGUUGACCCUUCCARUACAAACUGUGGUUUGGAGAGAGUGGUCUAAAUAAUGAAUUACACCUUACAGGUCUCCAUUCCUGCUAGUGAGUUGUUUGAAGGUGUUAUGGUGCAAAAGAUCACUCAGACUUACUGAACUCAUUACCAUAAAAAGGUCAAGCUACAGCUUUACCUGUGUAGCAAACUCUCAGAUUUUCAUCUGAGGCUUGCAAGACUUGCUGUUAACUUUAAUCAGAAUUGGAUCAGGAUCACAGGGAAUUAAUUCAAUAGAAAUAUUACUACACUGAAAGUUACUCUGUUUAAAACAUGGCUUUCAGUUUAAACUUGAUAAUUAGUGCAGCCUAAGGCUGAAUAAUUGCCCUGUUCAGUCUCACAUUGAUGUUUACAUGCCUUGAUGUCAGAAUAUGUAAAAAUAGGCUGCAGUCUAGCAAAAGAAAGUUUGAGUUGUCUGACUUCUCCCCCCAUCAAAUUCUGACUUCCUCUUCUUUUGCCACAUGUCAAACCAGAAACACCCAGGCUUCCCCUUUCUUCUGCAAUGUCUCAAGCAUAACCCCCUGAACAAAUAUUCUUAACUUUAAGACUCACUGCUAACAUUUUCCAUGAAAGUUACAGCAGCUGAUAGUGAGUAAACGUAUGGGCUUUGCAUUCUUUAGAAAUCUGGGCUAUAAGCAGUCUAAUUGUAAUUUUGGGGAGGGGAAUGGAGGUCAGGAACUGUUGCUGUAAGCUGCUGUGAUGCUCAGUGUCCAGCUAGCAGAAGGACUGGAGCUUUAAAUAACCCAUGAGGUAUUGGAUGGUGUGAGAAGCAGGUUUCACUUGUGUCUGAUCUCUGCUUCCCGCAGCGAGCGCCUGCAGCCGCUGAAAUGAUUUCAACUCUCUGGGUCUCUUAAGAUGCUGACAUUUUGCUAACAUUUACUUCAGGGCAGUGUUUAGAUAUUAUCUCUGUUUCCUUYACAAAGGACCAGCAGGGUUUGGGAUAUUUUAUAUUUAAAACAGAAAUCAAUGAAACAACUAUUUUUAUAGUGUUUUUGCCUUACUUACCGAGUGUCGURUUUGCUGAAACCGACAAACUUUAUCUUUACAUUCAUCUUUCUCAUACUAAUUGUAUUACUCCAGGUAAAUGGUACUUGAUGUAAUUUUGGAUUCAAACACCCAUUGAAGUCAAUGGAAGUCUUUUAACUGACAAAAUGGGAUCUGCAUCAAAGUCUCUAAGAAUAAAAGAGAGGCACAAAAAAAGAAGAAGAAAGGAAUAGUGGUAAUGGUAUGUAGGUGAUUUUUUUAUAUUAGUAAGAACCCUGCAAUGCCUGCUUAUUCCAACCAGGAGAGCACAAAAGAUAGGAAAAGAGGUGCUCCUGGAUGUCACAGCAGAAGCUUUGCAGWGAUUGGGAACAAUGGUUCUGUUGCYUYUGGGUGGCAGCUCUGGAGAGAUGAGGAUGAUGAUGCACUCCAUUGAACCUGAUACCAAGCCACUGUCAUCCUUAUGCUCCUUGCUUUGUUUUCCUCCAGAUUCUGUAUUGAUUGUCCAAAAGUAUUUUACAUCUGAACACAUGUUUUUCACAUGUUAUUUUUGGUUGUGUUUAUUUUAUCUGGCAGACUUCUUAGCUGCAGUAUUGGUGUCUAUACUUUUAUUUUGCAUUUAUUUGUCUUUUUGUUACUUAACACAGUAACUAACUGCUGCAGUUAGUAGUUCUUAGCAAUAAUUUUCAUAACUCCGAGGCAGUGCUGUUACUCCUAAUGGAAACUAUAAUUUUAUUUGGGUCUUUUGUCAGUAUAAGUACAAACAGAUCAUGCUGAUAAUCUUGUAAUAACGUUUUGUAGAUUGCAUAUUGAUUAAAAAAAAUAAAGUUGUAUUUCAAACUAGCAGYUUCUUGUCCCUUCACUAGAAAUUUAUCAAGCUAGUUUUGAAUUUGCAAWAAUUAACUGGUUGAUCWUGAUCAUCAGGUGUUGCAGCUCAUYAGAAAGAACUGUU